AUGAAAAGUCAAAAUGUGUUCCUGUCAAGUCUUCAGGCGAUGCGACGAGACCAGGCUGAACAGCUGCAGCGGAAAGAGUCCGGGCAGCCUUGGCAGCCCGUCGGCACAUCACCGGCUUCGGCAUCGAGCUCACAGCAGACGCAGCAGGCGUACCAGUACGCUGGCGAGGACCAAUAUCAAGGGGCUACGAGGUUGACGGCCCCAGCCUCCUCCUCCACCCUCAGCAACGCCCUUUCGAUCCCCUCCUCUUCACGCUCGGUGCCAGCGCAUGAUUUGGUCAGUGUAACGCCCUUACGAUCUGCAACGACGGCGGCCCCAUCCGCGACUUCACAAGGCAAGGCGAGAGAGACCCUUCAAUCGCCUUGGCAGCCCAUGCGAGGAGCGCCAGAGCCCUCGAGUCGUCAUGACAUUGGCCGUAACGAUUACGAAUCGACGAAUACUUACGACACCCAAGCAUUCCACCAACCGACUGCUGGCAUGACGACUGAAACUCAGUUCGAUUCUCACGUCGAUUUCGACCAGUUCUUGAAAGAGAUUUCCACCACCUGGGCUGUGAGUAAGAUAGUGGGACAUGUGUCCUUCCUGUAGACCGCCUCGGCUGAUCGACUACAUUUUUCGGCCCCUUGGGCCGCAGCCAAAUGACUUGACAGCCUGGCAGCCUCUCGGCAGCGCUGAAGUGGAUCACCCUUCCAUCCCUUCUUCCGAGGGCGACACCUUUGGUGGACAUCUCUCCAGACCACAAAUCGGAUCUGGAGAAUCUUGGUUGCAUCAUCGGGGCGUGGAUGGGUCCAUGGACGUCGACGAGGACCUCUACUCUUCUUCAGCUUCGAUGAUGUCUGGUGACUCGUUCUCGCAGAGCCCCAUAGCACCUGCGCAACAGCAUUCAGCGGAUCACCACGCCAUAGUCAAGCACCUGAGUCGCUCACAGUCUCCACUCAAAAGGAGGAUGACAGCAAAGCGCACAGCUUCUGGACCCAACAUGCUCUCUGGAUUGCUAGUGUCUCCCACAACCAGCCGUCAGCCCGCAAGGCGUCGCGCAGGUACGGUUGCUGGUCCAGGGGACCAGCUUCAUGAAACUCAUAACUCGCAGCUUCAGGCACAAUCGUCCUUACCACGACCUGCUUCAUCUCAGCCGCUGCAAGACGCGCAGGUGGCGUCUUUUUCGAGCGACGAUAGUCCACUAGGUCAAGAGACUGGGCAUCGACUCCUCUCAUCCGACCGAAGACAGCCGUCGUCCACUCAGACUUUGAAGGAUCUUGGAGCAGUCUACGAUGCUAAGAGCCAUUCCUGGAACGUGCCUGCAGAGGUGCUGCGCGUCUUGAGCCCUUCUCUCUCUUCGGAAUUUGCUUCUCUCCAACUGCAGCGCGAUCAGCUCGAGCAGGUGCCGCCGGAUUGUGGCCAAGAGGGGUCAUAUCGCGGCCUGGGUCUCAUGGGUAGUGAUCUAACCCAGGAAAGCGAAGAGAUGUCGAUGGACCCCGUCGCAGCGAUGAAUCUACCCCUUAAUGCCCACAAUCAAGCACAGCAACGCUUGCAGAAGGCCUCGGGUCAAAGCUGGGACGAUGGCCCAGGACAGGACAGCGUCUUGACCAACGCUUCAUCAUUCGACUCAUCAGGCAUUGAGGACUCUUUGGCUUCCUUGAGAGACGAUCACCAGCGCCGGUGGGUGCACGGCCGCGAUACGCCAGCAUCGUCACCCGCAUUCAGCACCAAUCUACAGCUCCACGGUCUCUCUCCAGAUAGCGCGUCGCGAGUUCGACCUGAGCACGGUUCUCAAGAACAGAGUGCCGAUUUCUCUCAUCACCUCCAACGAGCACCACACCCUUCACAGUACUUCUCGCAACCCCAUGCUCGGGAGCUGGAGCAGCUGAGAGGCCCUCACGAACAGUCGGCGAUGACGUCUAUCGGCGAGUUUGGGCAGCUGUUAUCAGAAAGCGCGAUGACGGAUCAAAGUAAGCCAGACGACUGGUCACAAACUUGGCCCAAGACGUCACUACCUGCACCCUACAACAGCUUCGCCAUGGCCCUCGAGCCCUCUCAGCAAUCCGACCCAACCAUGGCUACGAGCCAUCACAUGCCAGAUCGAAACGCUGUGUCGCCCACCGUCCCGACUUUUGUGCACACCUCACAGAGCGGAGCAUCGUUGCGAACGAAAAGUAGUCGCAACAAAAGCCCUACCAAUGAGAGAGCCGUCAACACGACGGCGAGCAGUGCAUCUCUAAGGAGGCCACCUUCCACAAGCUAUUCGCGAUCGAUGACACGCCACUCGACGGAAGGUCUCCCACCGCUUGCUGCCGCCGCACAAGAAAGACGCAUGUCACAGACAUCAGUCAGUCGUCGAGUAGUAUCACCAUCGCUCGUCAUUUCGCCACGACACCGAGGCAUGGAUAAGGCGAUUUCGUCUGAUGCUCUUCGCCACGGCGAUGCUCACAGCAACCCGAGUCCUUUGCUUGGCACGCAGAGCAGCGGGCUCAUCCCGACCCCGACCUCUGCAAGCGGCUCCAUCGCCAGUAGCAGACGUAGGCAAGGCCGUACGGGCACAGCAAAGCUGGACGAGGUCAGCUCUGCUCUGGAAAAGCUUCGGCAAUUCUUGGAUCAGAAAGAGCCGAGUGGUCGAGGCCAUAGUCGCACAAUGUCUGCAUUUGCCGCCCCUCCUGGCAACGGAGGACAGGCCGGGCUUGACGAGACUCAAGGCGGUCCGCAACGCCUACGACACGUGCGAGGCAACUUGCCUCCACGCGGCUCGCUACACAUUUCCGCUGAGAGCCUCUCUGAGCUCUUCACUCACAACGAGUCUUCGAGCUCCUCUACGGCAGGCCACGAUCGUGCUGGCUUAGACAAGAGUAGGGAUUCGAAUCCUGAGCCGGCGACCCGCAACAAGGCGAUCGCUGACCUACAAAAGCGAGUCCGCGAGAUGCGCGAUGAACUCGAGCGCAGUGGACCAGGAGCAAACUUUGAGUAG